AGCUUCGGGAUGUUUCUCAUGGCCAGAAAUGCUCUUAGUCGUCUCCAAGAUCAAAGCAUGCACAUGCAGCAAGCAACAGCAACACAGAGCCACCAGAAACAGACAUCCGAUUUCCAUGACAAAUAUGGCAAUGCUGUAUUAGCCAGUGGAGCUACUUUCUGUAUUGCUGUACGUGCAUACACAGCAACACAAACUGGAACAGAAUGGAUCUUGUCCCCUGUUGGCAGCAUCACCCCAAAGGAAUGGAGAGAUCAGUAA